AGUCAAACAAACGAAUAGCUUUACCUUGACGACGAAUAUAAAACUACGUCAGCAGUUGGCUUCCCUUUGCGUACCUCUCGUUUUACACAUAAAAACUGAAUAGGAAGACCACUUUGUCGCAUUUUUUGAGUGUAAAAGAAGCGCGAGGAGAAGCGAAAAGGAGUCGUGAGUGGCGAAAAAAAAAAAAAAAAAAAGUGUCGUGGAACUUCCGGGAUUCGUCCUGUUUGUUGAUCUCUUUCCUUCACUGCAUCUCUCCUGGCAACACCACUUAAAUGGCGACAGCUUACCGAAAAACAGCCCCGUCAACGAGCCAAAAGAAGAAAUCCAGCUCGAAAAUCGAGCUGAGCGAGGAACAGAAGCAGGAGAUCAAGGAGGCUUUCGACCUGUUUGACUCUGAUGGCACUGGCAAGAUUGACGUCAAAGAGCUCAAGGUUGCAAUGAGAGCUCUCGGCUUCGAACCCAAGAAGGAAGAAAUCAAGAAGAUGAUCGCCGACAUUGACAAAGAAGGCUCUGGAACCAUUGACUACAGCGACUUUCUCAGCAUGAUGACGAUGAAAAUGAGUGAGAAGGACUCCAGAGAGGAGAUCAUGAAGGCGUUCCGACUGUUCGACGACGACUGCACGGGGAAAAUCUCCUUCAAGAAUCUGAAGAGAGUCGCCAAAGAGUUGGGAGAGAACCUCACAGACGAAGAACUGCAGGAGAUGAUCGACGAGGCCGACCGAGACGGAGACGGCGAAGUCAACGAGCAGGAGUUCUUGCGGAUAAUGAAGAAAACUAACCUUUACUGAUGAAAUGCUGUUCAAACCUUUUUUUUUUUUAUACACGCAGCCAACAUAGUCUGUAAAUAGACUUCUUUAGAACGUCCCCCCCCCCUACAUUAAAAUUACACUUUUUUGAACAUA